GCGGGCAGCGGCGGCAUGAGCGGAGCGGAGCCGGGGCCCGGCGGCGCGUCCCGGCCCCGCGGGGCCGCCCGGCGGCACUACUCGGCCCUGCCCGUGUGGGUGGUGGAGGACCACCAGGACGUGCUGCCUUUCAUCUAUCGUGCCAUUGGUUCAAAGCAUCUUCCUGCCAGUAACAUCAGUUUUGUUCAUCUUGAUUCCCAUCCAGACCUUCUUAUUCCUGUGAAUAUGCCUGCAGACACUGUAUUUGACAAAGAAGCUCUUUUUAGCGAAUUAAGUAUUGAGAACUGGAUUAUGCCUGCUGUUUAUGCUGGCCAUAUUUCUCAAGUAGUAUGGCUUCACCCACCCUGGGCUCAGCAGAUCUCAGAAGGGAAACACAAUUUUCUAGUUGGGAAAGAUGUAUCAACAACAACAAUCAGGGUUACUGGCACAGAUCAUUACUUCUUAAGUGAUGGUCUUUAUGUUCCUGCUGAUCAGCUAGAAAACCAGAAGCCUUUAAAUUUGCACGUCAUUCUCAUCAAUCCUACUGAGUCAUCAAACAGCCCGGAAGGAAAUGGCAAAGUAGCAUCUGCUAAAAGACUGAAGCUAAAUACAGAUGACACAGCAAGUGCCACUUCUGCCUCUUCAGUAGCUCCUGGUGACCUUGAUCACACGAUCCCGAGUGUGAAGAAAAAGGAAAUACAAAAUGCAGGUGCCCUCAGUAGAGCAGAAACCUUGGCAGAGUGCUCAGCUUCAAGCUGUCUCAAAAACAGUGAAUGCCCAUUAAGGGAUGUUGUUAAAGAUGUCUGCCAAGUACUGCAGAAAGGGGAUGCAUAUGUUUUGGACAUUGACCUGGAUUUUUUUUCAGUUAAAAAUCCAUUCAAAGAAAUGUACACACAGACAGAAUACGAGCUUUUGCAAGAGUUGUACAAUUUCAAGAAGCCACAUAAAAAUGCAGCAGAGGAAGACUUGUUGGAUUGUGUUGAAAACCGUGUUCAUCAGCUGGAAGAUCUGGAAGCAGCAUUUGCAGAUUUGUGUGACAGUGAUGACGAAGAAACCCUACAGAAAUGGGCUUCAUAUCCUGGAAUGAAGCCACUUCUUCAACUAGUUCACAGUUUGAAAACCAGGAUGGAAAGCCCAGACUAUGAAAUGGUCCAUCAGGCUGGUCUGACCUGUGAUUAUGUGGAGCUUCCUCACCAUGUUAGCACUGAAGAGGAGAUCAAAGGCCUCAUACAAUCCAUUAGAGUCCUACUGACAGAUCUGCCCAUGCCCACGCUUGUGACAGUUGCUCGAUCAAGUUUGGAUGACUACUGCCCUUCAGAGCAGGUUGACAUGAUUCAAGAGAAAGUUCUCAGUUUACUACGUUCAGUGUAUGGUUCUCUGGAUGUGCACUUAGAUUACUCAAGCACUUCAUCUUCUUCAUGACCUUUCUUCACGUGUUGCUGUGUAAGGCAGAGGAUUAAUUUAAAUUGUGUAUUAGCUGUGACUGGGAAGGGAAGACUACUGUUAUUUCAGCAGGUGGCACUAGAACCCAAGCUGACCCAGCCAGGGGUUGAGUUGCAUUGCUUUCUCCCAGUCGGUUGCAUCUGAACUGUUACUUAUUUGGCUUUGUUCAGAUUAGUUCUGUAAUUAUUAUUUUUACUGUCUUGUUUCUUAAAAUUGGUACAAGAGAAAUAACUUUUUGUCUAAAAAUUGGGGGAUUUUGUCCUGUUUCUUUGUGGUUGUGAAAUAAAAUAUAUAAUUUCUUAAAAUGAUUUUCCAUUAUGUAUGUCUUUUGUAAUUUGGUAACAGAUUUGGUCCUGAGUUGUAUUAUAUCUUUUAAAAAAUGAUCUUAAAAAUGCUCUUAAAACUGUAGGUCUGUGUAAUGAUCUUUCCUAAGUGUUGUGCUCGAGAUGACCCUCUCAUUUCUCUAGAGCAGCUCAUGGCUUCUGCCCCAUCCACAGAAUAUCAUUUAUGUUUAUUUUCUGUUUCAUUAAUAUUUUCUUAUUUUGCCUUAGAGUAUUUUAUUGGUGGCUCAAAUAAUAUCCCUAAUGUACAGACACUGGCUUGGUAUUUUCACUUUUACAUAUUUUUGAGGUUAAAAAGUAUGUGUGCAUGUGCAUGCUUUUAUGUUUUAAAUCCUGUAAGGAAUUGAUGGUUUCUUCAGAAACAAAGAUUUAGCUUUACUGAAGUCAGCAGCAAAACCUUCUGUACUAGGUUUUCACCCAUUUCAGUAUUGCUGUUUGGGAAUUAACAGUUUCAGAACUAUAUAAUUUAGAAAUCAAUAUACUUAUAGAGAAAAUUGGCACUUUAAGAGGAAAAAAACCCUACAGAAUUUAUUGGAAAUGAAACUGAAACAGGAAGGACAAAAUGCCACCUAGAAUAUUUUCUUUUAUUAGGAACAGAUUUUGCUUGUAAUUUCUUCUGAAAUAACAGGGUUCAUUUGCUAACUUGACUCUCUGAGAAAGUGAGAUACAGAGACUUUGUGCAUUUUUACAGUUUUUUCCUACUUCUGCUGUUGAUAUAAAUGAUUAUAUUAGAAAUUGUAAAUAUGUAAUUCCUUUAAAAAUUUGUUCCAGUAGAAUAAAUUCCAUGACCAUG